AUGGAUUGCUUCUCCGAGGCUGAAGGGAAGAGGUCGCAUGACCCCUUGUACUGCAACACCGGUGCGCUGCCAGCCACCGGCUUCCCGGUGGGAUUCACCGAUAAGCUCGUGGUGAUCGUAGGUGCAGGCCCGGCAGGCUUGGCGACGGCAGCGCUGCUCGGACUGGCUGGUGUGCCUUAUGUGCUGAUCGAGAGGUGCAACUGCAUCGGCUCACUAUGGCGGCACCGCACAUACGACAGGUUAUGUCUCCAUCUCCCCAAGAAAUUCUGUGAGCUUCCGCUCAUGCCCUUCCCGCUGGACUUCCCCACUUACCCAACGAGGGAGCAGUUUCUUGAGUAUCUGGAGUCCUACGCGACGACGUUCGGCAUCGAGCCAAAGUUUCGGGAGGCAGUUAUCAGCGCUGAAUUCAAUGGGGACUCCUGGUGGGUUCGCACAAAGGGGGUCACCUCGCUGGCAAGCGGCGGCGAGCAGCCCAAGCUCGCCGGAAACGUAAACAUGUACCGCUGCAAGUGGCUUGUAGUGGCCACCGGAGAGAACGCCGAGCCGGUGGUUCCGGAGAUCGAAGGCAGCGCAAGGUUCAAGGGACAACUCAUGCACUCCAGCGACUACCGCAGCGGUGAAGGAUAUGCUGACAAGCGCGUGCUCGUCGUCGGCUGUGGCAACUCCGGUAUGGAAGUGUCUCUCGAUCUCUCCAACCACAAUGCGCGUGCGUCCAUGGUUGUCCGUGACAAGGUCCAUGUACUACCGAGAGAAAUGCUAGGGCGGUCAACUUUUGGGAUGUCUGUGUGGCUUCUCAAAUGGUUGCAUGUACAGACAGUGGAUCGUAUUCUCCUCAUGAUGUCACGCGUAAUUAUUGGUGAUACAACUCGCAUUGGUAUCACUCGGCCUAGAAUUGGUCCUAUGGAGCUCAAGGCCGUGUCUGGAAAAACGCCAGUCCUUGACGUCGGAACUAUAGCCAAGAUUAAAUCUGGAAAUAUACAGGUUUUUCCUGGGAUGCGGCGCUUUCAUGAUCACGAUGUGGAAUUUAUAGAUGGAAGGAUAGAGAGCUUUGAUGUUGUUAUCCUUGCCACCGGUUAUAGAAGUAAUGUACCUUAUUGGUUGAAGGACAAAGAUUUUUUCUCGGAGAAAGAUGGGUUCCCAAAAAAAUCGAAUGAGUGGAAAGGCAAAAAUGGCCUCUAUGCUGCUGGGUUCUCAAAGCGUGGACUUCUAGGGGUAUCCAUGGAUGCCAUGAAUAUCUCGGAGGACAUUGUGCAGCAAUGGCGUGAUAUGCGUAUGGAGGACGUGAGAGAAAUUAUGUCUAAUCGAAGAGCCACUUGCCCUGUUUGAUUGAAUUAUUCCGACACACACGUACUAGUCUGGUUUAUGUUUUGUCUAACUUGUAGACAUGCACGAAACAACUAGGAUUAUCUACAUGUAGAUGCAUAUAUAUUUAAUUAGAUCAGGCUAGUGCGUUUCAAUUUUCUCAUGUGUACAUAUCUAUUUUUUUUGUUAGCAUUGAUUAGACGAGUGAAAAAAUGUGAGAAUUUGAA